GGAUAUGUUUGGCAAUAGCAUUUUCUUUUAACAUAUCUAUGUUUCUUUUUUUCUUGAAAAAAAAUUGUGCUCAGACGUCUCCUCGUAUAACUGGGCUUAAAAUAAUGGAAAAGACAUCCAGCGUGUCGCAUUCUAGGACCAAUAAGCGAAACGUUUCAGUAGAUUGGGGGACUCCCACUCGGAGACCGGAAAGAAGCGGCUCGCACAGCCCUGGAUCUGGAACAUCUUCGCGAGUCGGAGGGGCAUCGGUCAGCUGCGGCGGCCCAUCCCAAACCCAGAAGAGGCAUUUGGAGGGAGUACUGAAAAAAUACACGAAUUUAUUGCAAGGCUGGCAAAACAGGUAUUUUGUGCUGGAUCCCAACCUAGGCCAGUUGCAGUACUUCAUAAAUGAGCAGAGUAAGGACCAGAAGCCACGAGGGUCCCUGCCUCUGAUUGGCUCUUUGGUAACCCCAAGUGAUGAGUUUCCCUUCAUGUUCACCGUCUAUGCUUCUAAUGGUCAGCUCUUCAAGCUUAGAGCUUGUGACUUGUGUGAGCGACAGGUGUGGAUGACACAGCUCCAGCUCUCUGCUCGGCGCCAUUCAGACAGCAGUGCCAAGGGCUACUCUUCCUCCUCGGCCCCCUCCUCUUCCUCGACUGGCCGGACGCGCAGCUUCUCUUUGCUCCCACACCCCGCCCCACCUUGCUCCUACAAUUCCGCCCAGAGGCAGAACUCCCCGCAUGGCCAUGGGACCCCUGGUGCUUUCACCACCACCCACCACAAGUCCCUCACAGCCAGCCAUCGGGCCUGCAGCAAGAAGCCUGCACACCUGCACCAGGUCAAAGAGGUCAUGUCUCGGGCGGAGGAGCAGCAGAAAAACCUGCAACAGUCCAUCGAGUCGCUGCCAGGCGGAGGACCGCUAUCCUCACUGGACCCAGACCUGCUGCUGCUCAAGGCCACGUCGAUGGCUGCACUCAGCUGCCUGGGCGAGUGCCUGAGCAUCCUCCAGCACAGUGUCAGCCAGGCAGCCCGCAGCGUCACCACCCGCACGCAGGGCCUGAACACAGCCUGUGUAGAGAACAUGGCUGGCUGGCCAGGGCCCAAACCUGCUUCAGAGGAGCCAGUGAAGAAUGGAGGACUGACAGGCUUGCCCACCUCGUCCAGCAACAAACCACCUGCAUCCCCUGCACAGAGGAACAAAGAACUCCUUAAAAGCUCCCAGCAGUGCUUUGGCACAGAUGCAGUAGAGCCCAGUGAGGAGAGCACAGACACCGAGGACAAUGAGGAGGAAGACCUUGGAGUGCUGGAUGAACAGAGGAGCAUCAUCCUGCACCUGCUGUCCCAGCUCAAACUGGGCAUGGACCUCACACGGGUGGUGCUGCCCACGUUUAUCCUGGAGAAGCGCUCUCUGCUGGAGAUGUAUGCUAACUUCAUGGCCCAUCCAGAUCUGUUCCUCGUCAUCACGACAGGCGCCUCGGCAGAGGAGCGCAUGGUGCGCUUUGUAGAGUACUACCUGACGGCCUUCUACGAGGGCCGAAAGGGAGCUGUUGCCAAGAAGCCCUACAAUCCCAUCUUAGGGGAGAGCUUCCUCUGCAGCUGGGAUGUGCCUCGUGAGAGGGUGCGACCCCUCAGGACCACUGGCUCCAGUUCAGCCCCCCUGGCCCCUCCCCCUGCCUCAGCCAAUUCCAGCGAGCGCUACCGGCUGCGCUUUGUGGCAGAGCAGGUCUCACACCACCCACCUGUCUCGGCUUUCUACUGCGAAUGCAAGGAGCGCAGGAUGUGUGUCAAUGCCCACGUUUGGACCAAAAGCAAGUUCAUGGGCAUGUCUGUAGGCGUGUCGAUGGUUGGGGAGGGGGUGUUGCACCUGUUGGAGCAUGACGAGCAGUAUGUGUUCACGCUGCCCUGCGCCUAUGCCCGCUCCAUCCUCACCGUGCCUUGGGUGGAGUUGGGGGGAAAGGUCUCCAUCUGCUGUGCCAAGAGUGGAUACUCAGCCAUAGUCACCUUCCAUACCAAACCAUUCUAUGGAGGAAAAGUGCACAGAGUGACAGCCGAGGUGAAGCACAACUCCACCAGCACCAUAGUGUGUAAGGCCCAGGGGGAGUGGAACGGCACCCUGGAGUUUACCUACAGCAGUGGAGAAACCAAAGUAAUUGACACAUCUAAACUGCCUGUCAUUAUGAAGAGGAUUCGCCCACUGGAAAAACAGGGCCAGUAUGAAUCGAGGCGGCUGUGGCAGCACGUGACGCAGGCUCUGAAGGAGGGAGACAUCGAUGGUGCCACAGAGCACAAGCAUGAGCUCGAAGACAGACAGCGCAGCGAAGAGAAGCAAAGGGCUGCCAGCAGGUCCCCCUGGAAGCCCAAGCAUUUUAUCAAAGAGGGGGAAGGCUGGGUGUACCACAACCCUCUUUGGAAGACUAACUGUUGAGGAAAGGGAACUGUAAGAUAGCUGUCCACCACAGGGCUCGGGACACAGCUGGCCAGGGCCACACAGCAAGCAUACUCGGUAGCCAAUAAAACAAGUGGAGCCAGACUGCAAAGGAGCAGGACAGAGGCUAACCAUUUCCCAGACAUCCACCAGAACAAAAGGUGCCAAAAGAAAAAACAACAAAAAACAACUAGAGUGAAAUAACCCAGCCCAGCAGCUACCCGAAGACCUGCCAUCCUGGGGCAGGCACUCUCAAGGAUAAACCUCUUCCUAUCUGGGUAUUUGCAGGAUUCAGAGGUGGAAGCCAGAUAUUACAUUGGGAAACCACUUUGCAUUCCAGUUUGUUAUAUGAACUGAAGUUUUGUUGUCCACUUCUGUUUCCUGACAGAUCAGGGUUUUUUUUUUCCCUUAAGGAUUGUAGCACCGGGGACUUUCAAUCAAAUAAAUGUUCUGUAAAAGUAAUCACUACACUGAGAGGCUUUGGAAGGAACCACUCCUAAUCAGCCACUUUAAGCAGAAACAUUGAAAUGGAGCAUUUGCACCAAAGUGAGGCAUAAUGCCACUGGUCUACACAACAAGACAGAGGAAUGAGAAUGUGGACUCAUUUGAAGACAUGGAGCACUGCACUAAUGUCUGCCACUUGUGCUUCUGAAAGUGUAUGCUUAAGUUGUUUUUAUUAUUAUUAUUAUUAUUAUUAUACAACCAGAUAAUCUUAGCUCUUAAAGUAACUGCACAUAAAAUUCUGCCAUUCCUUGAAAGAGACUUAAUAAAGAGUAAUAUUUGAUUCCUUAGUUAGGCAAAAGCUCAGAAAUAUUAAUAUAGAAAUUAAAAAAAAUGAUUUUCAUGUUUGUUUACUUGGCAGCUACACAUUUCAUUGUGGUGUAUUAUUUGGUAAACUGAUAAGACACUCCUCUACUUUUGCUUAGAUUUUCCAAAAUGUCAACAUAGACCACAGGUGACAUUUUUUUGGGUUUACCCAACUUUCUGCUGCUGACAUUAGAUUUAUUAACAAAAUCUAUGAAAUCUUAGAGACUGAACCCAAGUGUCUAUGUUAAGGACAGAAUCUUACAACUGCUCAUGUUCUCGUCACAGAUUGUAAACUGAACCAGGGAAUUAACCAACAAUCAUUUUGAGAGUUUAGGAAGGUAUGAGAGGACCUCAUGUGAUUGAAGAAGCACUUUAGCAAGUUUUCAAGGUGAGGACAGCAGAAGGGUAGGCCACAAACUAUUUUUAUUUUUUUGUUUUUUUACUUUGGACCUACCAGACUGUCCACACAGCUCUUUGUACAUGUAUCAGGUAUUCAGUGUUCCUAGAGGGUUGUUCAGGCUUUUUGGGAGCUAGUUUGUGGGUCUUAAGGACUGGAUUGAGAAACCCUACUGUAUGAAGAGUAGUCAAGGAGCAGGGUUCAGAAGGCUAUUGCAUGGUCCAUGCUUGGGUAAGAAGGUAUGUAUAGUGUCAUGAUGUAUCCAUAGAGCUUAGACCAAACACUCUGUCUACCAAUCAAGAAACUAUGCAACACAGUAACAUCACUGUAUGAAAACAAGAAGCUAAUUGUUCUGUGGUGAAUGUGUUGUGAAACCUUGAAAGUGUAGAAACCUUAAAUAUGCUUCUAUAUUUUUUUUAGCCACAUCCAAGCUACCUGAUAAAUAUAGGGACAUUUAACACUAAUCACCUGAAAAUAGAACAUAUCAAUUUGAAAUGUGAAUGUUGGACUGUUCUGGAUUAGCAGUUUACUCCAUUUAGUUUUUUUUAUUUACAACAAUAAACACGUUUGUGGUUUCUACAAGUAUGUAAAAUCUCAUGCAGGACUUCUGAAUUAACCUUAAGAAAUGUUAUACAAUAGUUGAUAAAUGUCAGUUUGUUUAGUGUUUGCAAAUGAUAAUAGCUUAGUUUAUUCAAGUAAAAAUGAGUUUAAGAAAAAAAAAAAUUAAAAACUCACUCAUUUAGAAAUUAUUUAAAAGACACUGAGGCAGGGAGCAAACACUAACCUUAGAAUUGUAAAACUGAUCAUAAAUGUAGUGAAAGCAAAUUAAGUGUCUAGCUCCAGAUUACUUAAGGAUCAAUGUAAUGCUGCCCACUAAAGGACACUUGGUUACUUAGCCUGCAGCAAUCAUUUAUGGAAGAAAAAUCUAAAUUUGUAUACUGAUUAAAAAUUUUGUGAAAAGAUUGGAAGAAGCUUGGUAGGUACAGCAAGUACACGGUUCCAUUUAAAUGUCAAAUUUGUAAUUCAGUCCAUGAAUUUGCACUUUGCCUUCUUCAGUGCUUAAACUGUCUGUGCACUCCUGUUCACUCCUUUUUCGGUUCCAACAGUAGCAACCACGGAGCCAUGUGGACUGAAUGGAACUUGAAAGUAAAAUGCAUCAAAGAUUUUUAAAAAUGAAUUCCUUAACAAAACUGUCGUCAUUUUAGAAGCCAAAGCUUAAUUGGGAGGUGAACAAGGUGGGAAAAAAAAAAUACAAACAUGACCCUUCGUUAUAAGGCAGAACCUUUCAUUUACUCCUUUAAUCACAAAACCAUCGCUCAUUCUGACAAUAGCAUCCUUUUGUACUUUCUUUUGAAACUUUUUUUUUUUUUUUUUUUUUUACAAUUCAUGGAAGAAAUCCCAACUUAAACAUCAGAUACAGUUUUUGCAUUUCAUGAUGAGAUGCUGUCCUCUUUAUUUCCAUUUUGUUCUUAUAAAUAAAUACCUUUGAGUCCAUUAAGUAUGAAAUAGAUAUGAUGUUAGGCAAAUGGCUGUUAGGAUGUCAGCAUCAUCCUCAAAAGAACGAUUAAAACCUUCCUCCUAUAAUCUCCCACUAAAGAGAUGAAGCAGAAACAAGGUACAGAGAAAGGAAGGAAACAAAGCAAGAAAAACAUGGAGCAAGAAACUGAAACAAUAGCAGAAACCCAACCAUUACCAUUACUGUCAACCAGUAGUGAAAGAGAGCAGUUCAGCUGAGGUGGGAGAGAUGCAAUGUGUCAUCCUAAACAGAGAGAAGAACAGAAACCUGGUCAAUAAGAACACACUUCUCAGCCACAUGCUACUCAGUAGUGGAACCACUUUAAGGAGAAGUAAGCCAAAGUGCAUUCA